GGGUAUUCGAUCGUAUGGCAUAGCGCCUAGAAUUCUUUUCUACUCACCUCGAUGCCGACAACUGCCUAUGUUUUACUACUAGCGCUCUACUCGGUUCAGGCACUUCCCGCAACUCUAACACCCUGCAACAACGAAACUCAAUUUGAUUGUGAAACAACUAGUGACUCAAAACGAUGUAUCCCGUUGGAAUGGUUAUGUGAUGGACUAGAGGAUUGCAAAAAUGGCCUGGAUGAAUCUCACUGUAACUACCUGCACGAAUGCCCACGAGGAGACUUUAUAUGCCGAACGGGUGAAUGCAUCUCGGGAUCGUUCAAAUGCGACGGAGAGGUGGAUUGUCCCAGAGGUGAAGAUGAAAAGGGUUGUGACUAUUCCCACCAAAUGGUAGCGGCAGCGGCAAGAAUUUUUAGCUCGAUCGUCAUGGAUUGUCCUGAGCAUAUGUUCCAUUGCUCUCUCGGCCCAUGUGUGGCGAGGAGGUACAUUUGCGAUGGAGAAAAGGAUUGUCCGCUGGGAGAUGAUGAGGACGACUGUACCAAGAACAAACGCUCAGAGCUCCGAAGUCAUGAGCUCACCUCAUGUGAACCGGGUCAAAUUCUAUGUGCGGAUCAUACAGCCUGUUUCCCAAAGAACUGGGUAUGUGAUGGAGAAAAGGAUUGUCUGGAUGGAAGUGACGAAGAAGACUGCGAGUUGUCCGUAGAUAACUUCUUAGCUGAGACUGUAACGGAGUUAUGCAAAGCUGGAGAGCAUAGAUGCAGAGGAGGUAAGGUCUGCAUACCUUUGAAUCACACCUGUGAUGGGAAUACCGACUGCCCGGAUGGAGACGAUGAAGGGCUACUUUGCAACGAAUGCAGCACAAGAAAAAUCCGCUGUGAGCAUAAAUGCGUUAAUACACCGCUGGAUGAGCAUACAUGCUCUCAGAUCAACGAAUGUGAAACUCCAGAAGGAAAACGCUGUCAACAUUAUUGUGAAGAUCGACAUGCUAGCUACGAAUGCACAUGUGCACCCGGCUACCGCCUUGCCUUAGAUGCUCACAGUUGUCGUCUAGACCGAACUCAUGAAGGGAUGCUCUUCGUUGCCCUUGGACAUGAGGUCCGUUCCAUGCCACUGUUUGAUUCUCGCACAUCCGUAGCUGGAUAUGAAACUAUACAAGCCGUUGGAUCUCUGGGAGUGGUCCGAUCUGUGGAUUAUCAUAUAUCAGAGCAACUAGUCUACAUAACUAUAGCUAGCUCGAAUCUGAAUGGGGAAGUGGCAGUAUCGUCUGAAGGUCUUCUACGAGUUAUUCGGGAAAAUGUGGCAGGAAUUGGACAAGUGGCUGUUGACUGGAUUGGUGGCAAUAUUUUCCUGUCCCAAAGAUACCCGUCGCUCACUCCAGGAAUCAGCAUCUGUACGGAGGAUGGCUUUUUCUGUCGAAGAAUAAUCAAAGGAAAACCUGCUGAUCCUAUCGAUCAAGGGAAAAAGCAACAAUACAGAGGACUAGCCCUGCACCCACAACGAGGUGCUAUGGUAUGGAUUGAAUCUUAUGGUAGCCACCAUAAGAUUGUUAGUGCAAAUAUGGAUGGCACAAAUGUGAGGAACCUGGUCGAAAACAAACUCGAAUAUCCAACUGGAUUAUCGAUCGAUUUUAUUAAAAGCGAUGUUUACUUUGGUGAUGUGGAAAGACAAAUGAUUGAGCGUGUGAAUAUGGAUACAAAAGAGAGGACUGUGGUUCUGACACAAGGAGUUCACCACCCAUAUGACGUGAGAUACUUCAACGGAUUUCUAUAUUGGACUGAUUGGGCCACAUCUGCACUGAAAGUGUCGGAGCUGAGCAUUCAUCAUGAAUCUGCCCAUUCGAUACAUUCGUUUACAACCUUACCAUAUGGUUUGGCGAUCAAUCAUACAAUGUUCCAGCCCUCACUCUCUACAAAUCCAUGCGCCCAUAGUGCUUGCGUAUGGAUGUGCGUGUCGAUUCCGAACGCUGAGGGUGAGAUGAAACCACGAUGUUUAUGUCCUGAUGGCUACAAAAAAGAGAGAGACGGUAGCUGUGCACCUGUUGAGGACAUCUUGGAGGACGACGAGCAUGGGAAGCCUUUAGUAAAGAAGAAUGGGCCUAAGGACCAAUCCCAUGUAGGAGUUGCUUGGAUGAAAGAACGUUGUCUAGGAGGUGAUGGUUGUCUAAAUGGUGGGCAAUGUCAGGAUAUCAAGAAUGAGCAUGGAAGAGUGGUCAAGAUCGUCUGCAAGUGCAAGACUCCCUAUGAGGGUCUGCGAUGUGAAAGGCUCAACCCCGUAAAAGCACUAGCCGCUCAGCUUGAAGCUUCAGCUACUCCGCUAUGGGUGACAUUCUUUUUCGUUCUUCUCUUCCUAGCACUCCUCAUCGCAGCAUUUGUGUACUCAUAUCGUCAUAUUGAUGACAUCAACAAACGAACAGCAACGCUUCUCGACGUGAUUGAAAGACGACUGGUAAACAUUCCACCGCCUACAAUGCCUCAUAUUCGUCCACUUCUAACAACGAUGAAGACAAAGAUAGCGUCUACUUUGGGUGCCAGAGGCCCUCGUAGCUGUACGAUACUUCGUAACGAGUUUAGCAAUCCUCUAUUUGAUUCGAGCGAUCGGUCCUCGUAUGAUUCAGCACAGGAAGAGCCAGUCACGGACUCCAAUGCGAUGACGUACAACAACCCAUUAUACGUUGAAGAAGAUGUUACACAUGCAGCACCGUUCUCCGGGAUUAACGUAACAUACACUAAUAAAUUCGCCACUUAAAAGGAAGUGCCAUUUUCCAUGCUCCAUGCGUUCCACCCCGUGUCGGCUUACUGCAUUUCUCUUAAUCGAGGAUGACUGUCGUAAUAACUGUGAUAGAAAAGUGAUCACUUGAAAUAUUGAUAAUGUUUUAUGAAAAGUUUUAUGAGACUUGUAAAUUGCUAGGAAUAAAGUUAAUUUCUUUCG